GUCCCUCGCGCAGAAGAGCCUCAACCCUUCUUUGCAAUCUAUCUUUUGCGUAAACAUAGGUCUGUGAUUGUUGCCGACAUUGUUGGACUUGGUUUUUUAAAAGUAUUUUAUUGCUUCUUCUCUGUUCUAACGCAAUCAUGGGUCAGUGGCUUGCUUCUGCAUUUAGCUCGCUGCUGGGGAAGCAGGAGGUGCGCAUUGUGAUGGUCGGCCUCGACGCCGCUGGUAAGACCACUAUCAUUUACAAGCUAAAGCUAGGCGAGGUCGUCACAACCACCCCGACCAUCGGCUUCAACGUCGAGACGGUCGAGUACAAGAACCUGAAGUUCACCAUGUGGGACGUCGGUGGCCAGCAGAAGCUACGCUCGCUGUGGCACUACUACUACCAGGGCUCCAACGGUGUCAUCUUUGUGGUCGACAGCAACGAUCCGGAGCGGUUGUCAUUGGCCAAGGAGGAGCUCGAUAAGAUCCUCGCCGAGGAGGAGCUGCGCAACGCCGUCCUGCUCGUGUUUGCAAACAAGCAGGAUCUGCCCAACGCGCUCACUACGACGCAGAUCACAGAGAAGCUUGGCCUCUACAACAUCCGUCAGCGUCGCUGGUACAUCCAAGGCUGCUGCGCCACCACGGCUCAGGGUCUAUAUGAGGGGUUGGACUGGCUCUCAAACAACAUAUCGUCCUCUAUGCAGUCGUAA